UGGCAGCUGGGAGGGGAGCGCACAAAGAGACCCGCGGCCGGCCAGGGCUGCUGCGGGGCCGCGUCUCCGGCUGCAGCUCCGGCCCCGGGAGGGGAUCGCCCCGGCCGGGCGCUGAGCGGGGGCGAGAAACAGCAGCCGAGGCAGGAAAUCGCUGCCCGGAGGCAGCGGCCGCGCAGCUCCCUCCACAUGACUGGGAUCAUGCCUGGCCCUGCACCAGGAUUCCCCGACCCGGCCGGGAUCUCCCGGCUGGAGCGAGGGGAAGAGCCCAGGGUCCCGGAUCUCCAGGGCUCCGAGGAAAGGGAGAUCCUGAGAGGUGCCCGCGCAGCAUGUGCCAGGACGGAGGAGAAUCUCCAGCGGGAAGGGCCUGCAGGAAUGGAGUCUUACGGCAGCCCCAAGCAGGGGGAGGGCCGGCCUGACUGGGAGACAGUGUGCGAGAGCCCCCUGCAGGAGAUCCUGGUGCACCAGCGCACCCACAUGGGUGAGAAGCCCUACAAAUGCCCCGAGUGCGGGAAGAGCUUCCACCAGAGCUCCCACCUCAUCCGGCACCAGCGCAUCCACACCGGGGAGCGCCCCUACAAAUGCGGCGAGUGCGGCAAGGCCUUCAGCCAGAGCUCGCUGCUGACCCGCCACCAGCGCACCCACACCGGGGAGAGACCCUACAAAUGCCCCGACUGCGGGAAGAGCUUCAGCCGUGGCUCCAACCUCAGCCAGCACCAGCGCAUCCACACCGGGGAGCGCCCCUACAAAUGCACCGAGUGCGGGAAGAGCUUCACGCUCAGCUCCCACCUGAUCCGCCACCAGCGCACGCACACGGGCGAGCGGCCCUACAAAUGUGCCGAGUGCGGCAAGGCCUUCGCCGAGAGCUCCCACCUGCGCCAGCACCGCCGCACCCACCGCUGUGAGCCGCCCUACAAGUGCCCCGACUGCGGGCGCGCCUUCGCCCUGAGCCUGGACUUCGUGCAGCACGUGCGGGAGCACACAGAGCGCCGCCCCUACCGCUGCGGGGCCUGCGGGCGCUGCUUCCCCCUCAGCUCAGCCCUCUCGCAGCACCGCAAGAGCCACCACCGCCCCCCAGCCGCCCCCAAGGCCCACCCGUGCGGGGUGUGCGGGAAGGUGUUCGGGAAGAGUUCGCACCUGGUGACCCAUCGGCGGGUGCACACGGGCGAGAAGCCCUUCGCCUGUGCGGAGUGCGGGCGCGGCUUCAGUCAGAGCGCCGACCUGGCGAAGCACCGGCGCACCCACACCGGCGAGCGGCCCUAUCGCUGCCCCGAGUGCGGCAAGAGCUUCAGCGUCUCCUCCACCCUGGUCAAGCACCAGCGCAGCCACAAGGGGGAGCGGCCCUACCCCUGCCCCGAGUGCGGCAAGCGCUUCAGCCAGAGCUCCAACCUCAUGCAGCACCAGCGCAGCCACCGCGGGCACCGGCCCUACCACUGCACCGAGUGCGGCAAGGCCUUCGCCCAGAGCUCGGCCCUCCUGCAGCACCACCGCACGCACACCGGCGAGAAGCCCUUCGCCUGCCUGCAGUGUGGCAAAGCCUUCAGCCUCAGCUCCAACCUGCGGCAGCACCGGCGCACGCACCGCGAAGACACCGGCCCUGCCUGGGGAGCGGCUGGGGGAGCUGGCCCGCUCGGACACAUCCAGAAAUACCUCGGCUGACCAAGAAGGGACACGGGAACCCCACGGGGGUGUCCCUGGGAGGGGAGGGGAUUUAGAGAUGGGAGAGGGCUGAGAACCAGGACUCCUGGGUUCCCUGGGAGUAGAGUCUAGUGGUUAGAGCAGGGGGCUGGGAGUGAGGACACUUGGGUUCUUUCCCUGGCUCUGGAAGAGGAGUGGGGUCAGGGGUGAGAGAGAGAGAGGGGGGCAGGGAGACAGGACUCCUGGGUUCUCAUCCUGGCUCUGGGAGGAGACUGGGGUCUAGUGGUGAGAGCAAGGUGGGGGUUGCGAGACAGGACUCCUGGGUUCUAUCCCUGACUCUGACACUUGCUUUUGUGCUCUUGGGUGAGUCUUUUCUCCUGUCUCUGCCUUAGUGCCUCAUCUGGGAAAAGGGGACGGUGCUGCGUGCUGACCCGCCUUUGGGAAAGCGCUUUGGGAUCUAGGCUGAAAAGUGUUGAUAUGGGAACUCAGCAUGAUACAUAGGCUCAUCCGAAGAGGAUCGGAACGGAAUGAGGGUGGGGACGGAUGGGUUAUUUAGAAUUCGUGUGGAGGAUGGGGGAGGUGGUUUUAUUCGGGGUGUGGACUCAGUGGAAGAAGAGGUUUUGGGGGAAAGUUGGAGAAAGAAGGAUCCGAGUUUCUCCCCGGUGCCCUGGGAAUCCCAUCCAUGCUGGAGCUGGGGGCAAAGUGCCCCAGUUUGGGGGCCUCUCCUGCUCUCCCACCCCCCACUCCGCAGGGAUCAUUAACUCUUGCAGGCCCAUCCUGUCCCCUAAUGCCUGUGCCCGUCCGGGGUGGGAGGGGAGGGGGAGGACGACCAUCCUUUCACUCUCCAGAAUCUGGCUGCCUCUGGACCACACUCUCGGCUCCUUCCCCCUUUCACAGGGGGUUUGGGAGCUGGGGGUGUGUGAGACUGCUGGGUACCAGCGAGGCUGGACAAACGGACACACCCAGACAGGGGGCAGCUUGUCUCCUCUCCAGUGCCUGGCUCCUCUCUUUGCAGCGCAUGGAGCUGCACAUUCAGGAGCCCAGUGACACCUGGGGAACAUCCCCUCCUGGCCUGGAGCAGCCAGAGAGCUUCCCAGAAGUCAGUCUGGCCCCAGCCCAAACUCUCUGUUCCCAACAGGUGCCUGGAUCCUGCUCCCCUGCUGGAUUUUGUGACCGAUUUGAGUCUCUUGUUGUGUUAGCAAGUUGUACCUGUAGGAAAU